AUGAUUUUGACUUCGGUGGUGUGUUGGAGCCUGGUGACGGUGGAUCCGGAGAUAGCAUCGGCCAGUUUGUCCUGGAUGACGGAGGUGGCCGCUGCUGCUUUGGAACCUUUGUACGUUAAUGCGGACCUAACGGAGUUGAUGAAGUUGCUAAAGAGCUACAAACUAUGUUGCGACAGUAUCCCCCAAAACUCCCAGUCAUCGUCACAGCCCAUGGCGACCAUGUCCAUUGCGUCCACGUCUGCCGACAGUCAAACUCGGAUUGUCGGUGUAUAUGGUUGCAACGAUCCGUCCUCUAUCACCAACAUGGACGACGACGCCUUCGAAGACGCGUUUGGGCGAUACGCCUCACGUCGUCGGACUGGGAAAGCAUCGUGCGAUAUUUUUCUACAGACGGCCGGGAACCCCAACAAAUUGACGGCGUCGGUUCCUAUGGAGGAUUAUGUGAUGGACGCAAUUUUGUACAAGAAGUCAGAUCUCGAAGGACUCAGGGACACGAAGGAAAUGUGGAAAUAUGCGUCAAUGAAAUGCCGAACGACGUUCCCAGAGAGCUCAGUGCAUUUGCAGAACAUCAAGACGGCGAUGCGAACCACUCUCCCGUUGAUGAAGACUUCGGAUACCAUGAGAGAGGUUCCAGUGUCCAGCCAGUAUGCGAGUAUCCAACGUCGCUAA